GAGGAGUAAUUCGUACACGGGACUUUCCCCCUCUUAGUCCCCCAAAAGGAGGGGGAAAAGUCGCAAUAUUGGAAACGAAAAGGAAUGAGCUUCUAAGGGCGUGAAAACGUCUGCAAUUGUGGAUACUUUAUAUAUUUUUAUUUCGAAAAAAUAUGGCCGAGAACGUUCUGGACGCUGGCCCGCCUUCAGCCAAGAGGCCUAAACUCUCGUCUCCGGCACUUUCCGCCUCCGCCAGCGAUGGAAACGAUUUCGGCUCACUGUUUGACUUGGAGCAUGAUCUCCCAGACGAGCUCAUCAGCUCUAAUGAACCAGGCCUCGUCAAUGGUGGGGACCUCAGCCAGUUGCACACUACUCUGGGAGGGGGACCUGCAGGGCUGGGUCCUGGAGGAGGAAGUGGAGGGGCAGGAGGAAUGGGACUUGGACUUGGCGGAGGCCAGGAUGCGGUGGCCAAGCACAAACAGCUGUCCGAGCUUUUGCGUUCAGGGGCACCCUCCUCGACCCAACAAGGGCACCAAGGAGCCAUGGGCAGCCCAGGGGGUCCCAGUGCCAUGGGGCAACACUUGGCGAACAUGAAGGCAUCACCUGGCCAGGGCCCCCCACAGAUGAUGGGCCAGGGGCAGCAGCAGCACCUCUCCCCUCAGCAGCAGGCCAACAUGAUGCAGCAGCAACAGAAUGCUGCAGCUGGAAUGAUGGGUGGCAUGAACAGGGCCAUGAUGGGAGCGCAGCAGAAAGGCAAUAAUGGACAGCAGCAGCCAGGCAUGAUUGGGAGCCAGGUGAUGAAUGGCUCCCCCAGGAUGGGCUUUGGGAAUCAGGGGAUGGGUGGCAACAGCAACCUGUUGGCUGAGACCCUACAGCAGCAGGGAGCUGGGGGCCAGGCUGGGAUGAGAGGCCAGCAACCGGGAGCAAUGAACAAGAUGGGGAUGAUGGGGAACCCUGGGGGCCCUUUUGGAGGUCCAUAUUCAGGACAGGGGAAUCAAGGUCUGGGAGGCGCAGGGCUGGGCCCUCAGCUCCAGAACAAAGGUCCUCUGGGCAACAGCCUGGCCCAGUUCAAUGUGGACAAGAAGAACCAGCCCAUGCAAGGAAUGGCCGCCAUGGGUUCCCAGCAGUCACAAACAGGUGUGGGCGGUCCCUCUGGUGCACCUGUGGGAGGAGCCCCAGGGAUGCUGCCCAACGCUCAGGCAGGUCUUGUUGGUCCCAGCGCCCAGGUUUCGGCAGCAUCUGCUGCUGCCGGAGCACCACCCACAGCUGACCCCGAGAAGCGCAAGCUGAUCCAGCAGCAACUGGUACUCCUGCUUCAUGCACACAAGUGCCAGCGGCGGGAGCAGGCCAACGGUGAAGUCCGGCAGUGCAACCUGCCCCACUGCCGCACUAUGAAGAACGUCCUCAACCACAUGACUCACUGCCAGGCUGGCAAGUCCUGUCAGGUUCCUCACUGUGCAUCAUCAAGGCAGAUCAUCUCCCAUUGGAAGAACUGCACGCGGCACGACUGUCCUGUCUGCCUGCCACUGAAGAAUGCUGGAGACAAGAGGAACCCGCAGUGUGAGUCUCUACUCAGUGCAGCUGCUGCAGGUCUGGGCAGCUCUCUUGGGGCAGUACCUGGUGGCCAAUCAAGUACUCCCAACCUCAACCCGCCGAGCCAGAUCGACCCCAGCUCCAUAGAAAGAGCCUACGCAGCCCUGGGCCUCACCUACCAGGGCAACCAGAUCCAGGCUCCGACUGCCCAGUCCAAUCUGUCCAACCAAGGUUUGCAAGGCCCGGCUGGCAUGAGGUCGCUGAACCCAAUGGGUGCGAAUCCUAUGGGAGUCAAUGGAGGUGUGGGAGCUUCCCCUCAGAGCCAGCAAGCCAGCCUGCUGCAGGAUACCAUGAUGCACCUCAAUGUGAACAGCCAAAGUCUGUUAAAUGAUGCCAGUGGGAUGGGGUCCAUGCCCACAGCAGGCCCUCCCUCUGCCUCAGGCAUGAGGAAAAGCUGGCAUGAAGACAUCACGCAGGACCUACGAAACCACUUGGUACACAAGCUUGUUCAGGCCAUCUUUCCGACUCCAGAUCCUGCUGCUCUCAAGGACCGUCGAAUGGAGAACCUGGUGGCCUAUGCCAGAAAAGUUGAGGGAGACAUGUAUGAGUCAGCCAACAGUAGAGCUGAGUACUAUCACCUGCUAGCGGAGAAGAUCUAUAAGAUUCAGAAGGAGUUGGAGGAGAAGAGAAGGACCCGGCUCCAGAAGCAGGGUCUGGGCCUCGGUCCUGCCGGCAUGGGCCAGCCCCCCACUGGACUGCCUCCAAAUGGUCCCCUCUCUGACCCAUCAAUGGUGCGACCAGCUGGACCUAAUCAGAUGGUCAAUAGGAUGCAAGGCCCAGGUAUGAAUCAGUUCAAUCAGAUGGGGAUGCCAACAAUGGGCCAGAGGUCCACGCCUCCUCUCCCCAUAGGAGCAUCUGGGAACCAGAUGGCAAUGGUAGGACCCAGGAUGGGGCAGCCUAAUGUCAACCAGCUGCAGAACCAGUAUCUGUCCCAGGGACAGUUUCCUGGCUCAGGACCAGGAGUUGGGACACCUCAGCCUGGGAUGGCCCAACCUGGAGCACAGACAGGCAUGGCACAGAUUGGUACUCCUCCCUCUCUUCCAGUUGCUAGUCCUCUAGCACAGCCGGGUUCAGCCAGUGGACCCAGUGGUGUCUCCUCAGUGGGGCCCAUGGGUCCUCAGAGCGUGGGUGGCGGAGGUCCCAACUCAGCUGUUGGAGCCCCUGCAUCCUCAAUGACUCCACCUAACACAAGCCAGCAACCCAACUCCAUCCCCCAUUUGGCAGCCAUGCGUGGCUCUCCCUCCCCUGCUCACAGUCGAUCUCCUACGCCUCACCAAACACCACCCAGACUAGCUGGGUCCCAGACCCCACAGCCACACACCCCUAACGCAUCACAGCUGGGUCCACCUUCAGUCCCCCAGCUUGGCCAGGGUCCUGGUUCCAACAAGCCUCUCCAGCAGCAGCACAUGGGGUCCUCUGGUUCGACCACUCCAUCUCACCCUGGGUUGGCCUCCGGUUCAACGCCGCAUGGUGCUCAGCUGCCACGCACUCCGUUGUCCCAAAAGGGUUCAUUUCCAGCAGACAGUCAGGCCCUUACUCCAGCCUCUGUCAGCAGCCUGGACACUUCCUCCCAGCAGCCACAGUCGAACGCUUCUACCGCCAACCUCGACCCGAAGAUGGAGGUCAAGCAGCAGGACGAGGAGGAAGAGAGCGACACCGGCAGCUGCUCCAAAGGAGGAAAGCUCAGUAACAUCAAAACGGAGGAAAAGCCUGUGAAAUUAGAGCUGAAAAAGGAGGAGUGUUUCGGAGAGGGAGGUAAAGGGGUUCAAAUGGAUACAUCAUCAUCAUCGACGACGCCGAUGGCGAGCAUCAAGACGGAAGACAGGAAACCGGAGGUAAAGAAGGAGGUGAAGGAGGAAGAGGAGACGUCGGAGUCGGCUACACCACAGGCUCUGGUGAAAAAGAAGAUCUUCAAACCAGAGGAGCUUCGUCAGGCCUUGAUGCCCACCCUCGAAUCUCUCUACAGACAAGAUCCAGAGUCUCUGCCCUUCAGAAUGCCUGUAGACCCACAACUGCUGUGCAUACCUGACUACUUUGAUAUUGUGAAGAAUCCCAUGGACUUGUCUACUAUCAAACGAAAGCUGGAUACAGGUCAGUACCAGGAUCCCUGGCAGUACGUGGAUGACAUCUGGCUGAUGUUCAACAAUGCCUGGCUGUACAACCGCAAAACAUCAAGAGUCUACAAGUACUGCUCCAAGCUGGCCGAGGUUUUUGAGCAGGAGAUUGAUCCUGUCAUGCAGAGCCUUGGCUACUGUUGUGGGAGGAAGCUGGAGUUCUCUCCUCAGACACUUUGCUGCUAUGGAAAGCAGCUGUGCACUAUUCCCAGAGAUGCUGCUUACUUCAGCUACCAGAACAGAUCACGAACAUUUGGGCUUGUUGCUCACAGGUACCACUUUUGCGAGAAGUGUUUUAACGAGAUCCAGGGAGAGACGGUUUCGUUGGGCGAUGACCCCACCCAGCCGCAGACAUCAAUAAACAAGGAACAGUUUGAGAAGAAGAAGAAUGACACACUGGACGCUGAAUUGCUCGUUGAAUGUAUGGACUGUGGGCGCAGGAUGCAUCAGAUCUGUGUCUUGCACCAUGAAACAAUCUGGCCAUCGGGUUUUGUAUGUGAUGGCUGCUUAAAGAAGACUAACAAAACCAGGAAAGAAAACAAGUAUUCAGCCAAAAGGUUGCCCCAGACAAAGUUGGGCAGUUACUUAGAGAUGAGGGUGAAUGACUUCCUGAAGCGUCAGCCCCACACAGGCGCUGGAGAAGUCUUCAUUCGCGUCGUCCACGUCUCUGACAAAGUGGUGGAGGUCAAACCAGGCAUGAAGUCCAGAUUUGUCGACAGUGGCGAGAUGUCAGAGUCCUUUCCAUACAGGACAAAAGCCCUUUUUGCAUUUGAGGACAUUGACGGAUCAGACGUCUGCUUCUUUGGUAUGCAUGUUCAAGAGUACGGAUCCGACUGCCCUCAGCCCAACCAAAGGCGAGUAUACAUCUCCUACCUGGACAGUGUACACUUCUUCCGGCCUCGCGGUCUAAGAACAGCAGUCUACCAUGAAGUCCUCAUUGGCUACUUGGAAUAUGUCAAGAGGCUGGGCUACACAACUGGGCACAUCUGGGCCUGCCCACCAAGUGAAGGGGACGACUACAUCUUCCACUGUCACCCUGCAGAUCAGAAGAUCCCGAAGCCCAAACGCCUCCAAGAGUGGUACAGGAAGAUGCUAGACAAAGCUGUGGCAGAGCGGAUAGUGCACGAUUACAAGGAUGUCUUCAAGCAGGCGACAGAGGAUCGUUUGACCAGUGCCAAGGAGUUGCCUUACUUUGAGGGAGACUUUUGGCCCAAUGUGUUGGAGGAGAGCAUCAAAGAGCUGGAGCAGGAGGAGGAGGAGAGGAAAAGGGAGGAAAACAGCACGUCCAAUGAGAGUAUUGAUGACGUAAAAGGUGACAGUAAAAAUGCAAAGAAGAAGAACAACAAGAAGACGAGUAAGAACAAGAGCAGCCUGAGCCGAGCCAAUAAGAAGAAGCCAGGGAUGCCCAAUGUCUCCAAUGACCUUUCGCAGAAACUCUAUGCCACUAUGGAAAAACACAAAGAGGUGUUCUUUGUGAUCCGGCUGAUCGCAGCACCCAUGUCAAAUGCAUUGCCCCCUAUUCAAGACCCGGAUCCCCUGAUGGCGUGUGACCUCAUGGACGGCCGUGAUGCUUUCCUGACAUUGGCCCGUGACAAACACCUGGAGUUCAGCUCACUGAGGAGGUCCUUGUGGAGCUCCAUGUGCAUGUUAGUGGAGUUGCAUAACCAAAGCCAGGACCGCUUCGUCUACACUUGUAAUGAGUGCAAACACCACGUGGAGACUCGUUUCCACUGCACCGUCUGUGAGGAUUACGACCUCUGCAUCACCUGCUACAACACUAAGGGCCAUGUGCACAAGAUGGAGAAGUUAGGCCUUGGUUUGGAUGAUGAGAGCAGCAACCAGGCUGCAGCAACCACUCAGAGCCCUGGAGACUCUCGUCGUCUCAGCAUCCAGCGCUGCAUCCAGUCCCUCGUCCACGCCUGCCAGUGUCGAAACGCAAACUGCUCGCUGCCGUCCUGCCAGAAGAUGAAACGCGUCGUUCAGCACACGAAAAGCUGCAAGAGAAAAACCAACGGUGGCUGCCCCAUCUGCAAGCAGCUUAUCGCCUUGUGUUGCUACCACGCUAAGCACUGUCAGGAGAACAAGUGCCCGGUUCCGUUCUGCCUGAACAUCAAGCACAAGCUCCGCCAGCAGCAGCUGCAGCACAGACUCCAGCAAGCCCAGAUGCUACGAAGGAGGAUGGCCAGCAUGCAGAGAGUGGGCCAGCCUGCUCCUGGAGGAGCUCCUGGGGGCAAUGGCUUGCCUUCUCCAGGAGCCAACAAUGGAGCAACCGCUCCUGGUACCCCUACAUCUGUGGGAACGCAGCCCCCUACCCCACAGACACCCACCCAGGUGAACAUGCCUGCCCUUCCACAGCAGCAAGGAGUUGGGAUGGGUGGAAUGGGAGUAAUGGGAACACCAGGCCAGCAACAGCAGGUUCAGCAGCAAGGUGGUACCAUGCCCCCUCAACACCAUCUGCAUCAGUUUCAACAGGUGGGUGGAGCAGGUGGAGGGGGGAUGAUGAACUCUCCUCAGCAGCAGAUGGUGACUCAGCUCCAGCAGCAGCCUCCCAAUGUCCAACAACAGCAACAGCAACAGCAGCAGCAGCAGCAGCAGCAGCAGCAGCAGCAGCACCCUGGUAGUUUGCCUCCGUACAACCCGAGACCGCCUGGGGCUUCCCCUCUCCAUCAGUCCCUGGGCAAACCUGGCCUGGGUCCAGCCACCCCACCCCAGCAGCAACAACAACCCAACCAGGGCCAAGGGUCCAUGCCUGUUCAAGGACAGCAGCAAGGGCCCCCUCUGGCUGCUGUAGAGACGGCACUAAAAAUCCAGCGCCUGGCAGAGACCCAGAGACAGAUGGCUCAGGCUCAAGCCCAGAUACGUGGCUUGGGACAGGGGGGCAUGAUACCCCCACAUGCCCACCACCAGAACACCCAGGCCCAGAUGGGCAUGCCCCACAUUGGGGCCCAGGGCAUGCCUCCCCAGGCUCAGGGAGUUGUUGGCAGGACUAUGUUAGACCCACAGCAACAGGGAAUGCUAGCAGGGAUGCAACAAGGUGGCCCUCAGUCGCAGUUGCCACCUCAAGUUCAGCAGCAGCUCCAGCAAGUCCAGCAGGGAGGUGGUGGACAACUUCAGCAAGCAAACCAGCAGUGGGGUGCUGGCGGUCCAGCCAUGAACUCACAACAAAGGCCAGGCAUGAUGGGUCACAUGGCGCAACAGCCAGCAGUUGCUCAGCAGCAGCAGCAAAUUAAUCAGCAGCAGCAACCAGGAAACCGCGGGCUGAUGCAAGUAAUGGGUGUAUCAGGAGGGGGAGCAGGGGCACCUAAUGCACUAGCAGCUGCAGCUGCAUCAGGAAAUCUUCCCCAGGCAGCCCUACAAGACCUCCUGAGGACGCUGCGCUCUCCAAGCUCACCCCUUCAACAGCAGCAAGUCCUCAACAUCCUUCGCUCCAACCCAACUCUUAUGGCUGCUUUUAUCAGGCAGAGAGCAGCCAGGUAUCAAGGUGGUCAGGGUGGACCCGGAGGAGCAGGAGGGCCUCCACAAGGGGGCCCUGCAGGUGUGAGGUUCCAAGGGGCUGCUGGAGUAUUGCCCGGUGUAGGAGGGCCCGGGGCUAACCAACUUGCUAACAUUGAUGGACAACAGCAGGUUAAUGUGAGCCAGCCAGGGAUGAACAUGGCUCCAGGUGGAGCAGGGGGAGGGAAUAUGCCCACCAUGGCUCAGCUUCAGCAGUUACAACAACAGCAGCAGCAGCAGCAGCAGCAGCAACAACAACAACAACAACAGCAACAACAACAACAACAACAACAACAACAACGCCCAAUGUUGCCAGGCAAUCUACAGCAACAGCAAAUGGCUGCAUUACAGCAGCAGCAACAACAACAACAACAACAGCAACAACAGGGAGUGAUGCAAGCAGGUCAACAAGGCAACAUUACCAAUAUGACUCCGCAGUUCAGAGAGCUGUUGAUGAGAAGGCACCUGCAGCAGCAGCAGCAACGACAACAGCAGCAGCAGCAGCAGCAACAACAACAGAUGGGAAACCACGGGCAGUUCCAGCAACCUCAAGGACUCCAGCAGCAGCAAGGCCAGCAAGGUUUCAUGCAGCCUGGCCAGGGACAGCCAGGGAUACCUCCAUCUUCCCAACCCCAGCCUGGGGGUGGAGGUGUAGGGGUUCCCCAGCAGCAGCAGGGAGGACCACAGGGUGGGCAAGGACCGCUUGUCCAGCAGCAAGGCUACUCCAACUCAAUGUCACAAGUAGCUGCAGCGCUCCAUCAAAGGCUCCAGCAUCAGAUGCAGAUGCAGCAACAACAACAACAACAGCAGCAGCAGCAGCAGCAAAAUUCAAUGGGUGGGCUUCAAGGACAAGACGGAGGGCCAGGUGGAGGCACGGGAGGUCCAGGAGGGCCUCCGCUUCAGCCUGGACAAGGCGGACCAGGGCAGGGGCAACAACAGCAAGGUAGUGUUGGUGGAGGGGGUGGUGGUCCCCCACUGCCACAGACGACCCAAGGUAUGCUUCACCAGAACAUCCACCAGAGGCUCCUGCAGCAGCAGCAUCUUGGUGGGGGCUCUCCAGCCCAGCACAGCAGUCCCAUGAGUCCCCAGCAGCAGAUGGCGCAGUCCCCCCACCACCUUCAAGGACAAGGAGGACUUGGUCCGGCGGGGUCCCUCAGCAGUCAGGUCCGGUCGCCUCAGCCUUCGCCGAGGCCGCAGUCGCAGCCUCCGCACUCCAGCCCGUCCCCACGCAUGCAGCCCUCCUCCCAACCUCAGCCCUCACCUCACCGUAUCUCCCCACAGACCCAGACUGGCUCGCCCCACCCAGGCCAUCUAAGCCAACAUCACCCCAGUAUGGCCCCACCCCAGCCUCCACAACCCCAACAGCAAGCGUUAUCUCAGCAGCAACCGGGUAGUUCUGUAGAUCCCGGUCAGUUCAGCUCAGACCAGAACUCCAUCAUGUCCCAGCUGAGUGGGAUGACGGGGAUGCAUGGUGGGCAGGGGGGACAGUCGGACAUGUUGGGUGGGAAUAAUAACAGCAGCAACAACAACCAGGAGCUGGGAUCGAACAUUAACCACAACAGUUUAGAACAUAUGUAGCCUUGACUCCAUACUGUCUCUCUGUCCUGAUGCUCUGAUCAGUUGCCCCAAAUGACAAACUGCCAUGAAAGGAGAUCGAGGCGGGACUACUGCUUUGGGGUUUUAGAAGUUUUUAUUUUUUAUUUAAAUAUUUUUGUGAUGUAUAAAUAAGAACUGAAGCUUCCUUCCUAUGGGAGAUGCAACAUAAAUCUUAGAAGUCAAUAAAUGAAUAAAUUAAAACAAUGGUAAGUUAUUGCUGUUAAUAUAUAUCUAUAUAUUUUUGCCAAUUGUGUACAAAAAGGUGGAAGGGCAGUGUUUCAGGUUGAAGAUAUUUCUUCCUUAGUCUAUGACACAAUAUUUUUGGGGACUGAGAAUUUUGCCUUUUUAUGAAUAUUUUUAAGAUUUUAAAUGUGGCUAAAAAAUUAAAGUUGACACGAUGUACCUUUUUUAUUGUUUUUGUUUUCCUCCUCAAAUACCCAGUCAUAAUUGUAUCUAUAUUGCAGAGAGUAAGUAUAUUUUAUUUCUGAAACAAUUUUUUAUUUUUUUUUCUUCCCUUAAUGGAUCAUCACAUCAACAUAUCUUCUGUUAAAGGAAUCUUUUUUUUUCUGGAGAGUUUUCACAGCAAUGUACAUUUUACAGCGACUGCAACAAUUAUAUGGUGGGUGGGAGGGUGCGUUCAAUGCCGUUUGAUUUUUGACAGGAUUCCUAGUUGUUAGUUAUUUUUUGUUUGUUUGUUUUGACAGGGUUUAUAGGUUGGAAUUAAACCUCAACAGUGUUUUGGGAAGUGGGUGACACUGACAGUGGGUUCGGCCUUAUUUUUGUUCUGCAAAAAAAAUGGCCAGAUCCGCAGAACAAAUCAUUGCACCUGUGGGCCACCUCUCCACCCUCCAUGUCCUAUGAAUGUGCACACCUUCCUUAUCCUUCCCCCUACCCUCCACCAAUGAACUGUUGAUGUCCAAUCGCCUAGCUGUAAGAGGCGUUUUGUGCCCCUGUUUGAAGCUGGCCGAUAUUAAAAGGUUGCGCGUGUACAUAUAUUACAACCUUGUUUAUGAACUGUGACGUGGAGAAGAGGUCGAUAAAGUUGUCUGUGUUUUGGGGCUACAGAGGUUAAAGAUAAUCCUGCCUGUAUCCUCAACCCACCCCAAAAAACAGUUUCCCUUUCAGUACUUUUCUCUAUCCCCUUUUGUUCCUCAUCCUCAUGACUGCCCCUCAACCACAAGAUUUAAUUCAAUGUUAGUACUGUACAAAGUAAGAAAUGGUGGACUUAGAUACUGUUUUUGUAAUGAAAGUGAAACAUGUAAAAAAAAAAAAAACUGUACAUACUUUAAAACCUUAUGAGCAGAUAAAUUAUUUUCUGCUGCUUGUUUCCCCCUCUUGUUUGAUUGGAUAUUUGCUGUAUCUGUAAAAAAACAACAAAAGUACACCUGAGCUACUGUACAGUAUUGAGAUUCUUUUCUAAAAGGUACAGUGUAGGGUGUAGUCGGUCACAAGCACCAAUGCGCCUUUUCUGUGUAUUUUUGACAAGGUUUUAGGGAGGGGGGGGGUUAUUGCAACAAGUCACACACACACCUGAACAAUCUCAAAACUUAGACGUGAACCUGCACGAUGUUAGAGCCAAGACGGGUUGAUUAGAGGUGUGAUCUGAAAGAGUUUAAAUUUGGUCAUUUAGCUUUUUAUGGAGAGGACUGAAGACACAAUAUUCACAUGCUCACUAUUUUUCUCAAAAGGUUGGGCUUGCUGGGUAUCGGGGGAGGGGACGCAUCAGAACCAGGUGGCAAUAUAUCUUGAGACUUAUUUUAUAAGAAAAAACAAGGAAAAACUGUCUUUUAUAUAUAGAUAUAUUAUUUAAUUUUAUUUUUUGGAAAUAAAACUUGAAGCUACAGGAAUUAUUAGAUAAAAACAUGUUUUGUUUUGUAUUAAAGAUGUUAUGGUGAUGCAAAAAGACACUGCAGACAGUCAUUCAGUUUGCCCUGGGGGAGGCCGUGGAGUAUAUUAUACCAUCCUUUUUCAGAAAGUGUUUCAUGUACAUGAAUAUAGUUGUAAACAUACUGAAUCACUGUACAAACUGAUGGCAACUGAACAAAUAGUUUUGUUUUAAUCAUUUCUUCUCCCAAAAAGAGACUGGAAAUAAGACUAUUUAAAUAUUUGUUUAGUAUUCAAAUGGAAUCUUUGACCACUUUUUCGUUCCUCUUGUUAACAAUUUUGGUGCUUGCUGAGAGAAAGCAAAAAUAACUAUUGCUCCAUUUUCAUUAGUUUCUUUUUUUAAGUUAUUUUGGUGGUCUGAUUGUUUUUUUGCCAAUAAAUUAAUUGUACAAUAAAGUAUGUUUGUAC